AUGACGGAAAGACUAGAGCGGUUGUCUGAUGACGGUGAAAAAAGACUCUUUCGAACAUUUUUGGGUAUGAUGAAGGGUUCUGUUCAAAGACAUCUGGGCACAUCCAGCAUAUUGCUGCAGUUGAUCUUGUUGAUGUAUAUGACAGAAUAUGCUAGAACAGAAUGUCCGCAGAGCAGUAUGACAGGCCCCCUGAAGUACAGUAAGGACAUGAACAAUGCUACCUUUGCCUACAUUGGCGAACAGAUAUCUCUUGACUGUUGUAUCACUGGCUUUGUUUCUUUGGCCUGGUCCUUUCGUGCCACAGAAAACGAUACUUGGGAUAAUAUUGGUGGGACAAGUAUCUACAGACUCAAGGAGAAUACUAGAAAUCAGACUUUGCUGAUUGUGCCACCUGAUCAGGACGAUGGCUAUCCCCUACCAGGUUACUAUAGGUGUAUCGCUACAAACGCCCAGAAUGACAUCAUCGUACGCCAAAUAGACCUUGCUUUUGCAGCUUCCAGUGGAAGAGUGCAUCCCCAAGCAUUUGGUCCCUCGUCAAACACCUGUGCUAAACUAGGCAAGACAAUUGCUGUUAAUUGUUCAGCAGAUUUUGGACAGUUGGGUUCGUCUGAGUGGAAUGUCCAGUGGUACAAAGACGACGAAGGAAAUCUAUCGUUAGUGAGGAAUGAUGCUUAUUAUCCUGUAUAUGAAAUUACCAUCAACAACGGAACAAAUGGAUUUAUCAUUCAUCAGCUGAUCAUAUCCAAUGUCACUGAAUCUGACAUUACUAAAACCUUCAGAUGUUAUGUGAGCAGCAUUCGAGAGUCUAGCAACAAAAACUUCAUGUUUGUUGUUAAACUAUGCUCCAAGGUUGUUCAAGGGAUGCCAGUAAAGAAAGAAACGGUCAUUGGUGUCACAGCAGGAUUGGUUGUGGUCUUUAUACUGAUAAUUGCAGUAGUUAUAGUUGUGGUGUGGCUGUAUAAACCCCAGAUACAUUAUAAACUGAUGAAGUUUUAUGAAAGGAAUAGAAACAAGAGGCAAGUGCCUGAAAAUGAAAAUCUGACUGAUGUGUUUAUACACCACAGCAAUGACGGUAAGGAUAUACGCUUGGCAUCAAGUUUGGAAAUGGAUUUAAUGAAUGAAAAAUAUAGCUUAAAACGAUUAGAGGCAGGGGCACCUGAAGGCAAUCACAUUACAGAGUCUGGUAUCCUUCAAGACCUUAUUCUGACAUCUGCAGCUCUAGUUGUUGUUGCACCCUCGGAUAACUCAGAUGAAGAAUUCACGACCAAGCUCCAAAAUGUUCUUGGACAGAUAAAUUCUAACGAUACUGUGACUGUAAUUUGUCACGAAGAUGAAAGAAAUGAGAAUUCUGAUCUGAAACGUUACGAACAAUUGACAUAUGAACCCCAAGGUUCAAACAGAAGGAAGCGUAGGAACUUCCUUUGUGCAAUUAAGCUGCGGAUUGAUAAUGCAAGAAAAUUACAGCAAAGAACAGCUCGAACAGGCGCCUUGCUUGGUAUGGAAGAGAUUGUAUAA